GAAUGCUGGAUGGAAAGAGCGGUGGCAGCAUCCUCCAUCACAUUCGCGAGUUCAAUGAGCUGCCAGCUUUGCGCCGCAUGCGGGGCUUGCCACCCAUGACGUGCUCACCACCACCGGAGGUGCAGCUCAAAAACCUCAGACAGAAUCCCGUGAAGCCUCCUGAGGACCAAAAAGAGGGAACGCUAGCUGUUGCCAUCAUCAAGGAUGCGGAUGGCUACGAGAUUUGUUUGGUGAGCUCAGAGACCUACGACCAAGCCGUCAGGUUAGCCUACAAGCCGGAUGCCAAGAUCGAUUGGGAGUGGCGAGGAGAAGCAAUGGCCGGUCGCCGGUCUCCCACACCUGAUUUUAUGGUUGCUUGCAUUUGAUGCCCCAGCUGUGGUCAAGCAUGUGUGUUUUUCAUAUUUUUUUCUUGGUUUCUUAACCAUGUUUGGACCUGGAGUGGGCAGUGCGAGCCGCAAGCCGCAUGGCACGCCAGCUGCUUGGGUUGGGAGCGGAAAUUCAGAUGCCGCGAUCCAUCAAAUGAUGGGGUGUAAAGGUGGUCAGCCCACCUGUUCCGUUGCCUCUUGCAAGCUUUUCGGGCCGUGUCCCAUGUUCAAAUUCUUUAAAUAGAUACUCCAGCAGGAGUUGGGGCAGCAGCAAACCGUUCUGGGAACACAGGUUUCUUACCCAACCACCUCUUCAGCACAUGAUCGUGCUCACCCAGCCUUUGAG